AUGUGGCGAAUUUCAAGGGCUUGUUGCUCAAGGCAUUUUCUCUCGUUGAAUGGCUGUUUGUAUUUGGCAUCGAGACGAUCGAAAUCGUUAAAUGCAUUCGCCGAAAAAGUUCUUUCUGAUUCAUUAACAUUUCGACACCGCGCCAGCAAAUUAUCUCGAGGAUCUUCCCUACCAUGGUUUUUGUACGAUGAGGGUGGAAUGAGCGUUCCAAUAUUUAUCAAACGACCUAAUAACGUUAACAGUGCACAUGUACCUGAUAUAACCGAUCAUUUUGGAUUGCUCUCGUUCAGCCAACCGUCAACAAGUAGAGAAUCGCCAUACUCAUUGGACGAAAACGUGACCUUUAUCCCGACCGUACUGGAUGAUUCUGCUGAGGAGUCACGUUUGGUUAACAGUCCUCAGGCUGGCUCAGAAGAUUCGAGUGCAGUGAUUGGUAAUGACUGCGAGAAUAUGAAUAUCUCGAAAAUAUUGGAACAGUUCCGUGAAGAAGUUCGUGAUGGCUUGAGUGACUCUGGUGCUAAUCUGUUUGAAUCGAGAAUACUCGAUGAAGAGAUCACGCAGCAGGCUCAUAGGUACAUCCUUCCGAAUUUCCGAAGGCACAAAUUUUUGCGAAAGUUGUUGCCACAUCGGGAUUAUGUGUUGAUCCGUAGAAGCAAGUAUGCUAAAAACUGCCGAUUGCGAUCCAGCAAUCAUCAGCACGUUGUGCCGAGGGUCACAGAAAGGCUUCAUGCAUCAUCCGUUGUCGCAUCCCAGUCAAACGCACGCAAUAUUUUAUUAUCAUCUGCUGAAAUGAACAGUCCAGUGUCUCAGCAAGCUAGCGAGGGAUCAUCAUCUCCAAAUGUAAACCAAUCCUCUGCUCCAAGGAGUGAGGAAUCUGAGAAAUCGGAAGAAUCUGAAAGAAAUGUCGAUCAAAAACAAGAGCCUGGCCAGUCUUCAGUGAGCAGGAUUAUGUUCGACCCAUUGGAGGUUCGGGUUGAGGAGAUUUCGGCUGCGCAAUUGAGGAAACUAACGAAACAAAAGGAUAUUGAAAAUUUACGCAUGAUGCUGAACGAACACCAUUGGCCACAUUUCGAGACAAUCAAGGAGUUCAUCUCCGAGCUAUUUGAAGUGUUCAUCGUGAAAGGAGUGAAUUGUGACGAAGUGAAACGGCUGAUGUGGGAUUUUGCAGCAACGAACAACCGCGCGUAUGUGCGUGACGUCGUGGUUGUUUCGUUAUUGGAGAGAAUCGUAAGGGAAGAAGGAAUAGAAGCGGCGAUCAGUUAUGCACGAUUGAAUAGGGAUAUGUUCCUUGUGAAAGCGCCGAUUGAAAGGCGAAGCAAAAAGUCGCUUCAGCGACUCACCGAAAAGCUUUUCGCGACUGUAUUCGAAUUCAGUAGCUCGGCAGCUAACUCGUCGGCUGAUCAAGUGAAGCAAGCAAAGAAACUUCAGGAUAUCCUGGUGGAGCUAGGAUAUGUGAAUGACUGUAGUGCUUUCUUGCUGGCAUCAGUUUCCAGCCAUUUGAAAAUGUUAAUUUUUUUUAUUUUUUGA